AUGAAGCUUACUGCCUCAACUACCAAAACUUUAAAGAAUGGCGUCAAGAUCCCCAUUUUGGGGCUUGGUGUAUACAAAGCCCCUAAAGAGGAAACUGAACAUAUUGUUUACACCGCAUUGAAACAAGGCUACAGACAUGUUGACACUGCACAGUUCUACGGAAAUGAAAGGGAAGUUGGUUUGGCAAUUGCCAGAUUUCUAAAAGACACACCCGAAUUUACCAGAAGCGACGUCUUCUAUACAACUAAAGUUUCGCCCACAAACCAUGGCUACGAGCAAGCCAAAAAGUCAAUUCUCGAGUCUCUGGAGAAGGUCAAAGAAAUUGGAUAUGUCGAUUUGUUUCUAAUUCAUAAUCCUAUGGCAGAACCAGAGCAGCGGUUGGGAACUUGGCGCGCGUUGCAAGAGUUCUAUGAAGAGGGCAAGAUAAAAGCCAUUGGGGUGUCAAACUACAGCAUCAAACAUCUGGAAGAACUAUUGAACUGGAAGGAGCUCAAAGUGGAGCCUAUGGUCAAUCAAUAUGAACUGAAUCCAUGGCUUCUACGAGAAGAUUUGUGCGCUUUCUGCGAGAGUAAGGGAAUCAUUAUUGAAGCCUUCUCGCCUCUCACACGGGGAUUCCGUAUGAAAGAUCCGCUACUGCAAAAAGUCAUCGAAAAAUCAUACCCUGGCAAAUCUCCAGCCCAAAUCUUGAUUAGAUGGUCUUUGCAAAAAGGUUUCAUCCCACUUCCAAAAUCCAGCAACGAGCAAAGACUGCGUGCAAACUUAGAGUCUUUGGAUUUUGAGAUCAGUGAUGAAGAUAUGAAGACUUUAACUCACGAGAAUGACUACUUCGUCUCUAAUCCUAAUUUCGACCCGAUCAAAAACUGUCCUUAG